AGUUCAGUUGGUUUUGUUUGCUUUAGUUUUUUAUUUGUAAGUUAUUAAUUUGGUAUAUUUACGGUUAUAUUUGUAGUAUUUUAAUAUUGUGUCAAAAUAUUUUAAUAUAAGAACAAGAAGUAAAGUGCUAAUCAUAACCCUAUGAUAGCAUAAAUGUCAUCAUGACUACCGAAAUUGAAGCUUUGGAAACAAAUGAAUUUUUGAGGCGACGAAAACUGAGGCUUCAGCAGGUUAGAGAGCAGUCUAAAGAUAUUGCAAAAAAAAUAAGACAACGCGCUAAAGGUGAAAAGUUGCGGCAAGUCGCUGAGCUCGAUUCAAAGAAGGAGCAAGAGUAUUUGCAACGUCAGGAGAAACUUGUUAAACGUUUAGAAAUCUUGUAUGCGAAAGGUGUAAAAAAUAUUGGAUCUGGUCACAAGCAGGCCGCGGAUUUGACACAAGGUUCCCCAGAGAAGCCUGACUUGUCCAAGCAGCGUGGUAGAGAGGCUGUUGCUGAGCUGAGAAAAAGGAAACAGGAACUUUUAGAUGAACAGAAAAAGCUCUUGGAUAGGAAACUGCAAGCAAGGGAAGUGGCUAAUGAAAUCAGCAGAGAAAAGUCAACCAAUGUAGCCAACAAAAUAUUGACAAAAACAUCCAGUGUCACUGUGAAUGAGCAGCCUAAAGAAAAUUGUCUAGAAGAGGCUAUUGAUGUGCAAAAUAACACUGAAAAUGAAGUUGUGAAACAAAUUGACAUGGCAACUCAGUGGGAGUUCAAUGUGUUGCCAAAUGAGUGGGAACCAACCAUACCAGCACUGUCUUUGCCAAAAGAUGAUAGUGAAAAAGAAUCAUUAAAUAUCAAUAAUACAGAAAGUAAAUCUGAUAAAAGUAAAAGAGUUGAUUUGUUCGCUCUUAGUGAAGAGAUGCCUUCAAGUUUGCGAGGGGGGUUAACUAACAUACCUGAAGAGAGAGUUACUGUGAAACCCUCUUUUACCCUUGUAUCUGAGUAUCUACAAAACCGAGGGCUUAGAUUGAGAGAACCAGACAAUAUAGCAAGUAAACCCCAUGGAGAUUUACACAGCAUAAAACAGACAAUAAUGUGUACCAGGCCAUCAAAGAAUGAAGUUAAAGGAAAAUCCAAGGAAAAGUCUCCGAUUUCUAGUGUGUCAAGCAUGAUGGCAAAGAAAAAUUCUGUGACCAUUUACAAUCAUUUAACACGAGACAGCCGGCAAAUACCAUGUGGUGAAGAGAGGCUUGUGGUUCAUAAUACCAAUAAAGAUGAAGACGCUUAUUCCCAGGCGGUGAAGGAAAGUUCUAGCAAUGACGCGAAAGAAAAAGAACAUCAGCAUAAGUUGCAGGAGAUGAGAAGCAAAAUAGCUAUGGCCAAACAGAAUGUCGAGAAAGAAUACAAUGACACAUUGUCUUUUUUGAAUUCCCUGCCUAAAGAGAAAGGAAGCAAAACGGUGAAAACUGCCUAUAUGGAUGAGCGACGUGAAAAAAUGCUCAAGGACAGUCGUCAGCAAAAAUUGCAGCAAGAGUAUCGGAAAAUAGAGAAAGAGUGCAGAAAACAUGGUUCUACGGAUUCGAGGAGAUGUUCAUCAGAAAAUCGUAGACACAAAUCAAAAUCCCCGGAAAACGUAAAUAUUGAAGAACAGGACUUCCAAUAUUCUUGGAUGCCUGUUCCGGAAAGUGAUGGAAGUCUAGCAAUACACACCAUCCCUACUACAAAGCCAAAGUCCGGGAACAGUGUAAAGUUCAGCAAAAUGGAUAGCUAUCAUGAAUAUAGGUCUCGCCACAAACAUACGCCGCCCACGAAAGAAAAGGAACAGGAAACUCUAAAGUCAGUCCUCAUUCAAGAUGGCAGUGAAUCUAGUGACUCUUCAUCUGAUACAAGUUCUAUAGAAAAUAUGGGUCUUGAGUCUAGUACAUUAAAAAACAAAACUAAGAAGCAACAUGAUAAAGAAUUGACGGAUGCUGAAAGAAUCAUCAUUUAUAAGGUUUUGGAAUCCAAAAAGAAAGAGAAGGCAAAGAAGAAGGCCAAGUUAAUAAGUGAUAUUGCCAAGUCUUUACAUUCAUUUAAUAGAAACAAGUCUUCUAAUGGAGAUACUAAUGGCAGUCAAAAUAGUAAGGAACAGUUGAAAGGAAAUACAGUAUCUUUUGAGCAUGUUCAGGAAGGUAUAUACAAAACAACGAAAGAGAAAGGGGAUAACCUCGCGUCGUUAUAUUUCACCGAAAAUUCAGGGGCAGGUCGCGCGAUAUCUUUGUCUAGAGAUGAAAUAUUGUACGGCAAACCUUGUGAUUGCAAUUUACUGGAUAAAGAGCAACAACGUGAUACAGGUACAAAUAUUCACAUGGGAAAAGGCGACAGAGUGUUGUUAGACAGGGAACCAAAGAAAUGCAAAUGUGGGUGCGGUCCGCAACCUGUAGAGCAUCCUGUUCCCCCUGCGCCCCAGCCAUCAGCUGCCACUUCGACAUCAUCAUUUAAAACAGCAAGCAAUGAUAAAGAGUGUCCUGCUUUCCCUGAAGGCGGAUUUGUUAAGCUACUUGACAAUGAAGGCCAAGAAGCAGGCAAAUUCUACAUUGGUGCCUCCGGAUUUCUCAAAGAUGACGAUUAUGAAGUUAUCAUACAACUCAGGAAGAAAGAUUCUGCCAAGGAAGAAAAAAAAUCUGAUAAAAAUAAGGAAGCUAAGUUGUAUACUAUCAAGGAAGCGCAACAAAAUGAAGAAGCCACAGCUGUAAGAACUUCAGAAAAUAUUGCUGAUUCAAAACAGGAAGUGCCGGUUUCUGUUAGUUCUAGACAUGAACCUGUAGACGUCGCUGAAGAAGCAGUACAAGCAACACCUAAUACUCUGACAAAAGAUGAAAUAUGUGAAACCAGGAAAACAAUAGAGGAUUUGCCCAUAAACAAACUUGAGAGAGUAAUAUCAGGCAGCAAUAUUAGUGAUAUUGAAGAAGCUCAAAUCAAUUGUACUGAUAAAUGUGUUUGUACAUCUUUUCAAUUAUCCUAUGCAGUUCCUAGUCAAAUGACAAUUUCAGAUCCAAUUGCCAACCCUAAGGCAGCUACGUCCACAUAUACACAAACUACAUUUAAUUCCACUAAUACACGACCUGCCUACAUUCAUAUGAGUUCUUCAACUUCAACUGCUUAUAUGAGUCCACCUGAAGUGGUGUUACCUAGAUUUUUAAGACGUGAUUCGGAUGAAGAUACUCAUAAAGCUUUCAAUACUGAAUUUGGCCGAUUUGAAAAGCAUUAUCAGAACUGCACCUGUAAAAAUUGUUUUAUUAGAAAGACAAAUUUGGAUGAAUGCAAUCCACCUUGUAAAAAGAAAUCCCGAUGUUCAAAGGCAAAUAUUCCGACACCUCCAAAUACAUGCCGCAGCUACAAUUCCUCCACAAGUGAAAAACCUUUUGACGAUGUAUCUACUAAUUCAAAAAAUAAACCACGCAAAUGUCGUAAAUAUGAAUGCCAUACAGAUUCGGGCAAAUGCCGCAAAAAUCACGAGCACAAAAGUACAAAAAAUACUUCGGCUAAAAAGAAACUAGUUUUGCCAAAACACACCGUUCCAAGUGUAGCUUCUUCUAGUAGACAUACAUGGAAUUUAAAGAUAAAAGAUAACAAUUCCAACUUUAAUCCCUUAAUUAAAAAUUAUGUCAACAAAUUACUUACACUUAACAGGGAAGGCAUAAAGGCACUAGAAGUAGCAAGUCAAGAAUGUAGUUCCGUUGCAACGCCCGGCAGCUCUAUCAUAGACGUGCCACGAAAUAUUACGAAACAAAGAACAUUUGUUCAACCUAAACUAUCUCUGGAGCAAAUAAAAAAUGAACUUAUAAAAAAAAUAUUAACAGAUUAUGUAAAUAAAACACAGACAGAAGAAAUGGGAAGUAGUAAACAUGAACAAAAACAUAUUCACAUUAAAGUAUCUGCUUCGCGACUACCUAAAAAAAGAUCAGUACAUAAAGUUAAAUCUUUAAAUAUCUCAAAACGUCUACAAAAAACAAAAAGAGGGUCAGCUGUUAAGAAAUCUAUUGGCACCGAAGAAUCGAAUAAAAACGAUACUGUCCCAACAUUAGUACAGCAGGGGCCUUCGGUUGAUGUUAAACUUUUGUCAUCUAAAGAGAAGUUUCGUAGUAAAAGUUCUCCCACACCUAGGCAACCUGUUUGUUCUGAAUAUAAGCGUAAAAGUAGCGCAUCAGAUAUAGUCACUACGAAAUGUUCAAAAAUACCUGCACAAAAUGAUCUAAUUCCUAAACAACAACAAAUUCAAAAUUGUGGAAACAAAACUAACAAAUCUUUUGCUCUACCACAACAUCGAGCGUCUUCUGCUACUUUAGAUGGUGCUCCAGAAAAUUUUAAACAAUAUGAAGAUACUUCAGUCAUAACGCAAAAGCAAGAAGUACCUAUAACGAUAUCAACACAAACAAGCCAUGAUGUAGACAGUGAUAUUAAUUAUGUAAAGCUUGCCGAAAACAAACUUGAUAAUAUGGAGAAAAUUGCAGAUCUGACGGAAAAAUGCACUCAGCGCCUUUCAAACCUUGCAAAAGUUUUAGAAGAAGUGAGAAAAAGUAAAUCGCUUGCUUAUAGUCAGAUAUCAUCUUCUUCUGAUUCGGCAUGUGAUGGUGACCCAAGGUCUGAUAAAAAUUUGAACUCUGGGCAAUCCAUGGAUAUUAUUGAUGUUGAAGGAAAGUUUGAUUUCAAGCCGUCGACUCCGGCGCUUACGAGUGGAAGCGACGAAAACGAAACUUUAGAAUCUUCUAAAUAUAUUUCAUUCAAGACUGAUAUUCCUAAACCUUUAUUUACAAAAUCAGUACAUUCAGAAACAGAAGUUGCUGUUCAAAAUACAGAAAAUAAUAUGCCAAAAACUAGGACGAAACCACCUCCUGCAUUAUCUCGGAUGCAUCUACGUCACGUUCAGGGUAUCACACCACACGAGUUGUCGACUGUUGUAGAAGUCGAUUCACCAAUGAGCGUGAGACUUAAAAACCAGUCUUCACGUACUGACUAUAAAGGUGAUAUGCAGGAUAGUGUGGGUAAAAAUUCAAACACUAAAAACUUCGGAAGUUCAAAUAUAGAUAAUAAUAACGAAGAAAAUAUCACAAACCCUGACUUACUACAAAGCAAUCUUUCUUUAUCUAAAACCAAAGUUCAACAAACGAAGCAAACCACGGAAUCAUCUGACGAUUCCAAGCUACAAAUGAUGGAUAUAAAACAAUUUAAUGAAAUAAUGUUGCAACCAUUCAUAAGCAUUCAAGAUUAUGCUAAACAAUACGAUAUAGGUACAUUGGACGAAGCUUCUAAUCUUGGCGACGUUCUCAAAGAUGAUAUAGUGAAUGAAGAUUUAAGCUCAAUGCAAUCAGACGGCAGUCUGCCAGACGUAAUAGCAGAGCUCUUGAAACGGAAAGUAAUUACAGAGCCUUUUAAAUUCGAUACGGUUUCGAAUAUUCAUUCGACAACAGGUUCAUCUGAAUCGUCCAUACUGGCUCUUACCAAAGUUCGAAAGGAUAAAAAGAAAUCUACCGUAAUGUUUCACGAAAAAGAAAAUGUCGCUGAAAGCUCUGAUACUUUGAGUUUCUCUUCAAACCCAGAUUUAGAGAAUGCAUUCAAAAAACUCGGCAUGGGUUGGGCAUCUUCUACAUUAAAGAAAACUAAAGAACGACUUGCACUGUCUUCAUCUUCAAAUACGUCUAGUUCCAGCGUAUCACAAUAUAAAAUUAAAACUUUUAAUAAUCAAGAUAUUCCAGCACUUGUGACUGACUCGGUGUCAACUAUAAUGCAAUUGACUAAAAAAGAGGGGAGACAAGAAUCUAAGAAUAAUGGACAGCAGACAAAUUUGGGAAAAUCAAUGACAGUAAGAGAGUUUUUGACCAACGAAUUAGCUGAUAAAAUAACUUUUACCAAUAAAUCCCGACGUAAUGAUACAGAGGAAGAAUUCGUUUCUUUAUUUGAAACCAAAAUGCCAGAAGAAAUGAAACAUUCAUCACAGAUGGUAAAUGAGGAGCGAUCUAUGGACAGUGGCCCUGGAAAUAGAGCUCGGACGUCUACGCCUGUACAAAUUUUCAAAUCGAUAACGUAUCACUCUAGUUCGAGCUCAAACCUGUCCAAUGGUUUAUUCAGCAACGCUGAUGACCUAUCAUCAGUGAAAGUGACUUCAAACUCUAUUCGAAAUCAUUCCACAUCAGACAAAGACGACUUGACCAUUCCUAACUGUAGUUUACGAAUUAAAAAAGCAUCAGAUGCUAGUAAAAGUGAUUAGCUCGAAAUUUCACAUAUAUAUUAUUGUUAUUUGUUGUGAUAUUUAAUGAACUGAAAUUAGUAUACCUGUAAAGUUGUUGUGAAUUUAUUAUAUUUAUGGAUGAAAUCAACAUGAAUUUUGUA